AUGGUUAAUCCGGCACUGGAUGCAGUCAUGGAGCAGAUUGGACCUGUAUUCCAACAAUUGCAUGGCUUCAUUCGUCAUCAAUUGAAUAAGAAAUACGGAGAUGCUAUUAUUGAUACGAAAAGCCUUAUACCCGACCAUUUAUUCCAACAAGUAUUGGCACAAAUUUGGACUAACAAAAGUGUAAUUGAUGAAUAUUUCCCACAUAAAGAACUUCCACAAUUCGAUGAAAUCCUCGUUAAUAAUAGUUUUGACACAUUGAAACUUUUCAAAACAGCUGAUAAAUUCUACGAAUCUAUGGGACUUGAACCUAUUCCAGAAAAUUACUGGGGCAAGAGGCUAAAGAUGAAGUCAGAUGAAGACGAAGGCGAUUGCAAAGCUACAAUUCUAGCUCAUACUUCGAACGUCUUUAUGCAAUAUUGUCACAAAAUGGAUUACAGAACUUUAAUGCAGGCACAUGGUUACAUGGCUGAGAUCCAUAUGGCAAUGGAAAAAUCUCAUCUACCAGCUUAUUACUCAGAUUCAUACAAUUUGGAGCAUGCAAUUGGUGAAGCCGUGAUUUUAUCAGCUUCUUCACCAAAAUAUUUGUCCAAAGUUGGAAUUUUACCUUCACCGGAAUUCUCCGAUGAAGUUAUGAUGAAUCGACUUUUAAGACAGAGCAUUCAUACUUUGCUUAAUAUCCCUGUUUACUAUGUGCAUACGAAAGUUAUGGCUGAUAUGUUUGCCGGAAAAUUUGAAAUAACAGAAUUGAAUAAGAAAUAUUGGGAACUUAUGGAUAAAUAUGUUGGUGUUGGGCCACCAGGUGAUCGUGUUAGUAACACUUUUGAUUUCCCCUUCAAAUUCUAUUUGGAAUUGAAUGAAAAUCAUCAAGCAAGAAAAUUCAUGUCAGAAGUCUUGAGUUAUCAGUUCUAUGUGAAAUUGUGUUCGAUUACUGACCAAUAUCCUAAAGAAAGUCUACAGAAUUGUGACUUUUCUGGACACAAGGAUGCUGGUGAUGCAAUUAAAAAAAUGAUAAAACUUGGUUCCUCUAAACCUAUGCGUGAGGUUUUGGCAACAUUAUUACCUGAAGAUCCAAAAUUGAAUGGUGAAGGUCUUUUGGAAUACUAUUUCCCAGCUUUUAAUCGGUUAGUUAAGGCUAAUAAGCAGAUCAAUGUUAAUGUUGGCUGGACGCAUUCUGAUAAGAAGAUAGAAAGCGUUAAAUUGCCUGUGGAAAAUGACGAUGAUGAUUAAACUUGAUUUUCAUUAGUUUUGAUAAGGCCAA